AGUAUGACUGUGUGACAUUAUGGUUUGUUUCUGUUUGUAAAACAGUUAGUUCCAGUUCUUGAUUCUGAUUGGUCAGUAUUGUGCUUUACUCACUUUGCGUUGUGUCUAAUACAAUUUAGCAGCUUCAGGUACCUGCUAGAAAUAUUUCCGUUUAACACAUUUCCUGUUCCAUGCAUCUCUCAUCUGAAUUGAAAGUAAAAACGUUUUCUGACCUAUUUCUCUGAUUCUAGUCUUAAUACGCAGUACAAGAUGGUGCAAACAUGUACUCAGACUCACACAAUUGAUUCCAUUGAAGAGAGUUUCAAGAAAACUUUACUGCAGGGCCUGAACCAGACAACUGUUGAGAAAUGUGAUGUCAUUCUUAAUUUCUGCCCCAUUGCUUCUCGUGCUGGAACAGACAUAAGUGCUGCAGUAAACCAACUUGACAGUCUUCAAGUUUCCAAACCAGCCAUUUUGGUGGUGCUCCAUCACACGUUUGACCCUGAAAAAAUAAUACCAGACAGCAGUAAAACUGUGAACAGGGAGACAAUACAGACAGUGGACUGUCUGUUCAAUGAGGAUGUAGGAUUAAUGCAGUGUCAGAUAAAUAAAAUUGCAUUUGAAAAAGUUGCAGAAUACUUAAAAUCAAAGAAUCUAACCUCAUAUACAUGUUUGAAAGUAUCAGGGGGUCCCUUCUCCAUGGCUCUCUCAUCUAAGGGGUCCCUGUCCCAAAAAACUCUAGAAGACCAUGCAGGUCUACAUCCAUCCUCAGGAACGACAACAGAAAACAGAGAUGAUUUUUCCAGUUAUGGAUCUACAGAUAGAUUAACCCAUCCUGAAGUAGUCUCUCAGGGCCAGAGGGUUCUACAGUUCCUUAAAAAACGGCGGAGAGUCAUAUGUCCACUUUCAUUGUUUUGUAUUGUGGUGGUGGGGGUGUUUGUGGUUUUAUAUUGCACAAAAAUUAUUUAAUGUUGAAUUCCUGUUAUUGUUAUGACAAAGAAUGGAAUUUGUAUUUAAACAAACUAUCCUAUAUUAAAAAUAAAGAAAAAGUUACCAAAACUGUAGCUAAAA